UUAUUGGAUUCAAGAUCAGUUAUGGCAGAUCUUGGAUGGAUUGCGUAUCCAAAGAAUGGGUGGGAAGAAAUUGGUGAGGUGGAUGAAAAUUAUGCACCAAUCCACACAUAUCAAGUGUGUAGAGUGAUGGAACAGACUCAGAAUAAUUGGCUUUUGACAAGCUGGAUCUCUAACAAAGGAGCUUCUCGGAUCUUCAUUGAACUAAAAUUUACCCUUAGAGACUGUAACAGCCUUCCAGGAGGUCUUGGAACUUGCAAAGAGACUUUUAAUAUGUAUUACUUUGAAUCCGAUUAUGAAGAUGGGAGGAAUAUGAAAGAAAACCAAUACAUCAAGAUUGAUACUAUUGCAGCAGAUGAGAGUUUUACAGAAUUAGAUCUUGGAGAUAGAGUCAUGAAGCUAAAUACAGAGGUGAGGGAUGUUGGACCUCUAACCAAAAAGGGCUUUUACCUUGCUUUUCAGGACGUGGGUGCCUGCAUUGCACUGGUAUCUGUCCGGGUCUAUUAUAAAAAGUGCCCUCUGGUGAUUCGAAACCUUGCCAUCUUUCCUGACACCAUCACUGGAGCUGAUUCUUCACAGCUACUAGAAGUCUUAGGAUCAUGUGUGAACAAUUCAAUGACUGAUGAACCCCCAAGGAUGCAUUGCAGUGCUGAAGGGGAAUGGCUGGUGCCUAUUGGAAAAUGCAUAUGUAAGGCAGGUUAUGAGGAGAAGAACAGCACCUGCCAGGCAUGCCAGCUGGGUUUCUUUAAGAAUUCAUCCCAAAGUCAAGGAUGCACCAAAUGCCCUCCACACAGUUUCACACGUGAAGAAGCAUCAACAUCCUGUAUUUGUGAAGAGAAUUAUUUCCGAAAGGAAUCUGAUCCACUCACCAUGGCUUGUACAAGACCCCCCUCUGCACCUCGGAGUGCCAUCUCAAAUGUUAACGAGACUAGUGUCUUUCUGGAAUGGAUUCCUCCUGCUGAUUCUGGUGGAAGGAAAGAUGUGUCUUAUUAUAUUGCAUGCAAGAAGUGCAACUGGCACUCUGGGCUCUGUGAGGCAUGUGGCAGUCAUGUCAGGUACCUUCCACAUCAAAACAACCUGAAAAACACCUCUGUGAUGAUGGUAGACCUGCUUUCUCACACAAAUUAUACCUUUGAAAUUGAGGCAGUGAAUGGUGUGUCCGGCCAGAAUCCAGCAACACGGCACUUUGUUUCAGUCAAUGUAACCACAAACCAGGCAGCACCAUCUCCAAUCACGAAUGUGAAAAAAGGGAAAGUCACCAAAAAUAGCAUUUCAUUCUCCUGGCAGGAACCAGAUCGACCCAAUGGCAUCAUUCUGGAAUACGAAAUCAAAUAUUUUGAAAAGGAUCAGGAGACCAGUUAUACCAUCAUCAAAUCCAAGCAGACAAGAAUUACAGCAGAUGGCUUGAAACCAGCUUCAGCAUACGUUUUCCAGAUUCGUGCCCGCACCUCAGCAGGUUAUGGUGGCUUCAGUCGAAGAUUUGAGUUUAAAACGAGCCCAGUGUCAGUAGUUGCAUCUAGCGAUCAGCGUCAGAUCCCUAUAAUUGCUGUAUCUGUUACUGUGGGAGUGAUUCUUUUGGCUAUUGUAAUUGGUUUCCUUCUCAGCGGAAGGCGGUGUGGCUAUAGCAAAGCUAAACAAGAUCCUGAAGAAGAAAAAAUGCACUUUCAUAAUGGCCAUAUUAAACUACCAGGAGUAAAGACCUAUAUUGAUCCACAUACCUAUGAAGACCCUAAUCAAGCUGUUCAUGAAUUUGCCAAAGAAAUAGAAGUGUCAUACAUAUCAAUUGAGAGAGUUAUUGGAGCUGGUGAAUUUGGUGAAGUAUGCAGUGGGCGCAUGAAACUUCCUGGGAAAUGUGAGUUGCCAGUGGCCAUUAAAACCCUGAAAGUGGGCUACACUGAGAAACAAAGGCGGGAUUUCUUGGGAGAAGCAAGCAUAAUGGGGCAGUUUGAUCAUGCCAACAUUAUACACCUGGAAGGCGUGGUAACAAAGAGUAAACCAGUCAUGAUUGUAACUGAAUAUAUGGAAAAUGGAUCCUUGGAUACAUUUUUAAAGAAGAAUGAUGGACACUUUACUGUAAUUCAAUUGGUUGGUAUGCUCCGAGGAAUAGCAUCUGGGAUGAAGUAUUUGUCUGACAUGGGAUAUGUACAUAGAGACUUGGCUGCCAGAAAUAUCCUAAUCAAUAGUAAUUUAAUGUGUAAAGUGUCAGAUUUUGGACUUUCUCGAAUUCUUGAAGAUGAUCCUGAAGCUGCUUACACAACAAGAGGAGGGAAAAUCCCAAUCCGAUGGACAGCUCCUGAAGCUAUAGCUUUCCGCAAAUUUACGUCUGCUAGUGAUGUCUGGAGCUAUGGGAUUGUGAUGUGGGAAGUAGUGUCCUAUGGAGAGAGACCCUACUGGGAGAUGACCAAUCAAGAUGUGAUUAAGGCUGUUGAAGAAGGUUAUCGUUUGCCAAGUCCCAUGGACUGCCCAGCUGCUCUCUAUCAGCUAAUGUUAGAUUGCUGGCAGAAGGACCGAAAUAGCAGGCCCAAAUUUGAUGAAAUAGUCUGCAUACUGGAAAAGCUCAUUCGGAAUCCCAGUAGCCUGAAAACGUUGGUGAACACAUCAAGCAGAAUUUCAAAUUUAUUAGGGGAACACAGCCCACUUGGAAAUGGUGUCUACAGAUCUGUAGGUGAAUGGCUGGAAGCCAUCAAAAUGGGACGGUAUACAGAGAUUUUCAUGGAAAAUGGAUACAGUUCCAUGGAUGCUGUGGCUCAGGUGACACUGGAGGAUUUGAGGCAUCUUGGAAUCACACUUGUUGGGCACCAGAAGAAGAUAAUGAACAGCCUUCAAGAAAUGAAGGUCCAGCUGGUAAAUGGGAUGGUGCCACUGUAA